ACAUCACACACAUGCACAUAUCAGGUGUCGUAGCUUUCCAGAUUUUUGACCGCUUGUCCGUUUCACGCUUCCGCUAACUUGUGCGUGGUUGCCUUCAAUGUUCUCGGCUGACAUUUAAAUGUUGGUGUGCCUGUGCCGUCGGCGCUUGCCUUUAGAAAAGGAAAAGCAAAUCUCGUUCUCCAGAGGAAGUCGUCUUUUUCAUCAUGUUGGACCAUCUAAGCAAGUGGCACUGGCAUGAAACUCGCCAGUUCGGGUAAGAGUGGCAAGGGAGGAGCUUUGUCUGUCCGAUUGUGUUCUGUCGCUCGUUGCGCUCGUUCACAUCUCCACCAUAACACUUGUCAGCGCUCAUCAUUUUCCGUCUCACUUGGGAGUUUUUUCUGCACUCGGAUGAAGAUGGAGGAGCAACAGGACGAUAGGGAAACCUCAUCGAAGCACCGCAUAUCGCGGCUGCUGACCGCAGUGGAGGAUGAGCUUCAGGCCGGAUGGGAGAUGGGUGACCCCACAGAAAGGGGGCUACAGGUCACACUGGAAGACGCCGAGCUGUGGCGGAAGUUCCAGCACAUCACCAACGAAAUGGUAGUCACCAAAAGCGGCCGAUGCAUGUUUCCUUUCCUGAAGGUCAGCGUGUCAGGUCUGGACCCGGGUUCAAUGUAUUCCUUCCUGCUCGACUUCAUCCCGGCUGACAGCUGCCGCUGGAAGUUUGUCAGAGGAGAGUGGCUGGUGGCCGCCCAGGCAGAGGGACGCAGCAAGGGGCAGGACCAUGGUGGAAUCUACAUCCACCCGGACUCACCCAACUUUGGAGCUCAUUGGAUGAAGGCAGCGGUAACCUUUAACAAGGUCAAACUAAACAACAAACACAAGACAGAAGGACAGAUCAUGUUAAACUCACUUCAUAAAUAUGAGCCUCAUCUGUACAUUGUGUGUGUUGGCUUGCAACGUCGUCUAGUUACAGACGUUUCCUUCAAAGAGACUCAGUUCAUCGCGGUCACCGCCUACCAGAACGAAGAGAUCACAGCUCUGAAGAUCAAAUAUAAUCCUUUUGCCAAAGGAUUCCUGGAUACCAAAGAGAGGAACCCAUGUGGGCAGGGCUUGGCAGAGCCAAAGGAGGGUCAUGUUGGAAUUCCAAUGUGUGGAGGCAGGGGUUUUACUUAUGACGACAGACUUAUGCUUGCAUCCCAUCAUCAACACGGAUACAGGCACCAUGGUUAUGCCCGGCGACACUCUCCCUAUCAGGACCUGGCGCACUGCUCUCAUCCUUCUGGUGUUCAGGUGUUAUCCGAAGGGUGGAGCUCCACUGCUUCCCAUCCCCCAACCUGCCACACAUCUUCAACAAUGGCUUCUCACAGCUCCAGGACCAAUCAGCAGCGCGAACCUCAUGCAACCUAACAGUACUGCUCGAGCUGGUGAAGCAUGGUGGUCUCCUGGCCCCACCCAGUCUCUCUAAGAAGGCACAUUAUUGCUUGAACGAAAUCCACCUUUUACCAGUGGUAAAAUAUUAAUUAUUUGUGAAUGGACUUAUCGAUCAUGAACCAACCUCACUCAUAAUAAAAAACUCACGUUCAUAUUGAAAUUCUGACCAUGUACCAGUUUUUAUGCAAAUAGUUGUGUAUCUGGAGUCCCAACCAAUUAAAUCUUAAAUAAUUUUGGACGUGUAUUUGGUGAUGUCAUGCACACUGCUACAUUAAUUGCCAAGUGUGAUUCGGUGGCCUGGUAAUGAAAGUAGUCUAAAGAGAAAACCAAGCACCCUUAAAGACAAAUAUUUUCAUUCGUGUAAGCAGCACUUCAUCAACAGUGCACAAAAUAGGCAGAAAACUAAAGGUUGAAGACUCGGUUGCUAAAUUUCCUACUUAAUGGGAGAGCAGGAACUGCGCAGACCCAACCUUUUGGAUGCAACAAUUUAAAUAGUCCAUUUAAGCUAUUAUAUGUCCCCUUUUAACGUGGGUAGUGUUGGUGUUGCAUCUGAUCGGUUGAAAUCAGUGGUGGGUAAAGUAUUCUUCUCAAUAAUAAUUUGGCUCACUGAGCAAUUGCAUUUUCGAGUCUUGUAACAGUGGUUGCAUAUAUGUAUCUAUUUAAGUAAAUGUUUGUAUUUAUUUGAUUACACGUUUAAGUAAUGAUAAACAUUAGAAUUAUUUAUUGAAAUAAACCUGUUUGUAUUUGACAGACAUUUUAACAACAUUGUUAUUACCCCAUUUACAAAUGAGCUAGCCUAUUUCUGUGAUUUAAAAAUUAAAUGAGGCCUUUGACCACAAAGGUUUGCUCUAAAUUUGUUUAUCAAGUGUUCUUUUUUAUUGUGCUGUUUGCCUUGAUUGUUGAAACUGGUUUAGCUGAUGCACAGUUUUAUUUUAUUUUUAUAUUUAUAUUUAGUUUUAUUAUUACUGUUUAUUGUGUAUGUUAA